AAGCGGAUUUUCGAUGUAUUGCAGUUUAUAUCACUUCCGCAUUGGCUUCAUCGUUUGAGACCGGAGUUUGCCGCUUGGAUUAAACAGAGAUGAACAUGGCGGUUCGGACUCUGCAGGACCUGGUCUCCGCCGCCGCCUCUCUGCACGCCGACCGGGCAGCUGUGACUUAUGACAGCGGGUCGUUGUCCUGGACCCCGGAGUCCCUGCGGUACGGGGAGCUGGUGGAUCUGGCUGCGGAGCUGACUGCGGACCUACGGGAGACCUGCUCUGACAAUAACGGCAUGAUUGGGCUGUUCUGUUGCAGUGAUCUGUUCAUACCUGUGUGGAUUCUGGGGAUCCUGCAGACCCCUGCAGCCUACGUCCCCCUGGACCCUGAAAGUCCAGGCCUCCUCUCUGCCAGAGUCAUGAACCAAUGUGGCCUCAAGUACUGUGCUGUGAAGACUGACAUGCUGCAGCGGUUCCAGGAGACUCUUUUCAAACACGUCUCUGUGGAAGUCUGUGCUGAGCUGCCUAAGUUUAAAGUUUCAGUGGUGCAACUCAAGAUGCAGCCGGACCCUAAGGAGGUAUCUGGACUGAAGCAGAGCAGAGAUCGGACAGCAGAGGGCGCUGCUGCUGCGCUGAAAGAGGCUGGCCAUGCAGACUUGGCGUAUGUGCUGCACACGUCUGGAACCACUGGAGUCCCAAAGACUGUGAGGGUACCACACAGGUGUAUCCUCCCCAACAUCCUGCACCUGAGGUCUUUGUUUCAGAUGAGUGAAGAGGACGUGGUUUUCCUUGCCUCGCCUUUAACCUUUGACCCCUCUGUGGUGGACUUGUUCCUGGCUUUGUCCUCGGGUGCUCAGCUCCUCAUCGUCUCCUCUGUGAUGAAGAAGAUGCCUCGUCGUCUGGCUCAGCUGCUGUUCACCCGUCAGAAGACGACAGUCCUCCAGGUCACUCCGACGCUCCUCGUCCGCUUCGGGGAGCAAGUCCUCAGACAGGAAGUGCUGUCGUCCUUCUCCUCGCUGCGGGUGCUCGCUCUGGGAGGAGAGGCCUGCCCCUCUCUGGCUCUGCUGAGGAGCUGGAAGCACGAGGGGAACAAAACCAGGAUCUACAACAUCUACGGCAUUACUGAAGUUUCCUGCUGGGCCUGUGUUUAUGAAGUACCUGAGUCUCACCUGCACCCACACAGCCUUGCUUCAUCCUCUGUGCCUCUCGGGACUCCUCUGAUGGACACGUCGGUCGAGGUCAGAGAUGAAGUCGGCCAUGUUGUUACAGAGGGAGAAGGACAGGUGUUCAUAGGUGGGGAGGAGAGGGUGUGUCUCCUGGAUGACGAAGACGUUGUUGUUCCCGGGACGAAGAGAGCAACCGGAGACUGGGUGAACGUUAAAGACAAACAGCUGUUCUACCUGGGACGCAGAGACCGGAUGAUUAAACGCAACGGGAAACGUGUGAACCUGGAAAACCUGCAGCAGCUCAUACAGAGUCUUCCUGAAGUGGAGGCGUGUGCCGUGUGUUUGCACAAAGCUUCUCGUCUGCUUGCCUUCGUCGUUGCAUCCACAUCUGGAGAGCAGACAUCAGCGUCUGAGCAGGAACCCGUGGGACAGAGUCACCAGGAUCAGACACGCCUCCCAUCUCCUGCAGAGCAGACCAGUGACCUGAGUAGGCGGAUUCUGGACCGGCUGUCUCUACUGGUCCCAUCUCACAGUGUUCCUGACACGCUGGUCCUGGUCCCAGCUUUGAGUCUGACUCAUCACGGUAAAGUAGACCUGGAUGCCCUCAAGAAAAUGUACCAGAAACAGAGACGAAGUUCAGGUUCUUCAUUCAGAGACUUCACCAAACUAAAGCGAAAUCUUGAGUCUUUAUGGAAGGAAACUCUCGGCCUGCCUGAAGAUGAACCCGUCGAGGAGGACUCAAACUUCCUGCUGAGUGGAGGAGACUCUCUGAAGGCUCUGCUCCUCUGUGAGGACGUCCUCGCCGCUGCAGGAGGAGCCUCACCGGAGCUGCUGGAGGUCAUACUUGAUGGGAGUUUCUCUGAAGUCCUGCAGCAUGUGGAGAGGAUGACGGCGACGCUGCCACACAAGAGUGAGACAUCACCACUGUCUGAUGCGAAGAAACGACCUGCUGGAGCUCCCUCUGCAGCGCCAGCGAAGAGAGGACACACAGAGCGGCGGCAGGAGGAGAGACGAGGGUUCAGAGUGUUGAGACGAGCCGGUGCUGUGAUGGAGAGCAAACAUCCAGAGACAGAUGUGAACUCUGAGGAGGAGGGAGCUCUGGAGCUCAGUCUGAGCUGGUCCUCAGACACGGGCCGGUGUGUGGACGCCUCCCCGGUGCUCCUAGUGACAGACACAAAAACCACCGUGUUCAUCGGCUCCCACUCCCACAGGAUCCAGGCGUUAGACCUGACCACAGGGAGCCUCCUGUGGGAGCGAGUCCUCGGGGACAGAAUUGAAGCCUCGGCUGCUGUGUCUCGUUGCGGAAGCCUCGUGGUCAUCGGUUGCUAUGACGGCUGCGUGUACUUCCUGUGCGCUGCGUCCGGAGAGACUCGCUGGGUAUAUAAGACGGGGGACGCUGUGAAGAGCUGUCCUGCUGUGGACCCCGUCACGGGUUCAGUGAUGGUGGGAUCACAUGACGGACACGUUUACGCCCUGAACCCAGAGGUGGAGCAGUGUAUGUGGAGGCGUCACUCUGGAGGUGGAGCUGUGUUCUCCUCCCCGUACCUCCUCUCCUCGCUCAGACGGCUGUACGUGGCGUCACUGGGAGGUCAGCUGCUGUGCCUCAGCGCGGACAGCGGGGAGGUGCUGUGGUCGCUCUGCAGAGACGUCCCUUUCUUCUCGUCACCAAACGGCUCCUCGGGUCAGGUUAUGAUCGGCUCGGUGGACGGGAACAUCUGCUGCUUCAGUGAGGAGGGGAAACUGGUUUGGACGUUUCAAACCGGCGCGCCCGUCUUCUCGUCUCCGUGUGUCACUCCGGAUCAGCAGAGCGUCCUCUGUGGGUCACACGACGGCCGUCUGUACUGUCUGAACCAAACAGACGGCUCUUUAGUUUGGACUUUCCAGACCACGGGGAAGGUUUACUCCAGCCCCUGCGUGUUUGACGGCUCUGUGCUGGGUCUGAGGCGGGCGCUGGUGGCUGUGGCCUCCACGGACGGUGCAGUGUGGAUCCUGGACGGGCACGAUGGACGGAUGCUGACUAAGUUCACUCUCCAGGGGGAGCUGUUCUCAUCCCCUGUGGUGUGUGGACGGUAUCUGGUCCUCGGGUGUCGUAAUGACUUUGUGUAUUGUUUAAAGCUGUCUCUAAAAGAGGAGAAUAAACUGGUUUUAUAAGAAACA